UUGAUUUACCGGACCGUUUGUGAAGAAGUUAUUAUUUACUGAGUUUAGCAGUAAGUGUGUUACAUCAAAGUGAAAAUGAAGUCUGCUAGGUCCAAACCAAGGCUUAACGAGAUGCGGACGCCGGCCAGAAGUAAACAGAACCUGCUAACUGGAGAACGGGACCCCGUGGAAGUAUACUGCCGCAUAAGGCCGAUGGAGAGGGAGUCUGAGUCAUGUAUAAAGAUAAUUUCGCCUUCAACACUUCUCCUAACUCCACCAUCGACCGCAUUGAGCUACAGAAAUGAGAGUGCGAAAACUAUGAAGUACACUUUCAAGGAGAUAUUCCCGCCUGAGACUUCACAACAAGAUGUCUUCGAUAAGGUCGCAUUACCACUCGUCAAAGGCUUGAUUACCGGCAAGAAUGGUCUUUUAUUCACCUACGGAGUCACAGGUAGCGGGAAAACCUUCACAAUGACAGGUGAGCCGAACAAUUGUGGUAUUUUACCGAGAAGUUUGAAUAUACUCUUCAAAAGUAUAAAUGACUAUCAGGCGCGUAAAUACGUGUUCAAACCUGACAAAAUGAAUUUGUUCGAUAUUCAAACUGAAGCGGAGGCCAUGUUGGAACGCCAACAGGAACUGCACAAGAUAAAAAGCAAUAAGAGAAAUAAUUCUAAUCCAGAUUUGAUUUUGUCAUCUUCUAAAGACUCUAAAAUUGAAGGUAUUAAUGAUGAUAAUCAGUAUGCUGUUUUUGUUACAUAUGUCGAAGUGUACAACAAUAGUGUUUUUGAUUUGUUAGAAGACGGGCCAGCUUUAUCUAAAAAUUUGACCUCUAAACUUAUAAGGGAAGACGCUGCACACAAUAUGUAUGUCAAUGGGGUCACAGAAAUAGAAAUUAAGUCAGCCGAAGAGGCAUUUGAUGCUUUUUAUCUAGGUUUAAAAAGAAAACGGAUGGCUCAUACAAGUUUGAAUGCCGAAUCUAGCAGAAGCCAUUCAGUUUUCACUAUACGGCUGGUGCAGGCACCGGUAGACGCGGACGGUGAAGCUAUCAUACAAAACAAGAAGUUUGUCACAAUAAGUCAGUUAAGUUUAGUAGAUUUGGCUGGCAGUGAGCGUACAAACAGAACGAAAAACACUGGACAGCGUUUACGUGAAGCUGGAAACAUAAAUAAGUCGCUUAUGACACUCCGGAACUGCUUGGAAGCAUUACGGGAAAACCAAAUCAAUGGUACUAACAAUAUGGUCCCAUACCGUGAAUCAAAAAUCACACAUCUGUUCAAAAAUUUCUUUGAAGGCGAAGGGCAGGUUCGUAUGAUAGUUUGUGCAAAUCCAAGAGCUGAUGAUUAUGAUGAAACUCUCCAAGUUAUGAGGUUUGCCGAAAUGGCUGCCGAGGUUGAGGUGGCCAAGCCUCAAAUUACUGAUAUCGGAGCCACUAUAGGCCUUAUGUCGGGCAGACGUAAGGCCAAUCGUCUGUUCCAAGCAGCUAGAGAGAAUAUGGCUCGACCCGAAGCUAAAGAUUUAGAAUUAGAUUUGGGUCUAGUAUACAGCCUAGGUCCAGACUUCCCGAGUCUAGAAUUGAACAGUUCUGAAGCUGCUCAUGUUAUAAAAGAGUUGAUGGCGCAUUUAGAGAUGAGAAUAAGUCGGCGAGAAAUGCUUAAAAGGAGCAAAGCCAUUAAAGAUGAAAGACUAAGAUCCGCCAUACUGGAAUUGGAGAAAGAGUCUAUGGAAAUCCGUAGCGAAAACGCAUCGCUUAAAGGUCAAUUAUCUGCAGCUGAAAGACGGAUAAGGGCUCUAGAAGAACGUUUGACUGGCACUGAAAGUGCUUCAAUUAAUCAUCAGAGAAAGCUUAAUGAAAUGACUGAGUACACCUCUAGUCUCAAACGCGAACUACAAGAGAAAGAGUUGCUUAUAAACCAGUUUAAAUUAGAAAAAGAGAAGCAGAAGAAGAUUCUAGAAAGGAAGUACAAUAACAAGAUUGCAGUUGAGCACGAAAAAGCUAAAGAAAUAACAUCUGAAGUCGAAAGACUGAGGAAUAUGAAUGAGGAGAAAGAGAACCGUCUGCGUAUCAUCACACAAGCGCUGAACUGUGAACGCGGUGACAAUGCUGCAGUCCCGAGAAGCACAGCUGAUGUACAGACUUAUUUCACACCAGGGAGUACGCCUAGAGCAUUACCAGCUCAUCUGCUCACUCCGUUCACGUCUACAGCCCAAAAUAAGGAUACACCGACAUCUAGACGAGGAGUGGCAGUCUCAAACCCUCGCCACAGGAGAUCUUUGUCUGCAGACGGGCGCGGCUGGGUGGAACACGCUCCCAAUAAAUUAGUUCCAAUGGGAACAGUAAUGAAACCCAGUUUGGUUCACAGCAAAGUCGUGAACAAACUGAAAAGCGUACGGGAUAUAGCCAAUCCGAAAACGUCUAAUUACUGCUUGAUAUCGCAAGGUCAAGACACGGAUGGAGAAUUGGAGACGAAGGUGUAUAAAGGCGAUGUGGUACCAACUUGUGGUGGGGGUGCGCAAGUGAUAUUCAACGACGUGGAACUGUUGAAACAGUUCUCCCCGAAUCGAGAGUCUCAAUCGAGCAGUCGCGUGUCGGGACCGUCCUGCGCGAGGCAUUCCGGCAAGAGAAGAGAUUCAGCCCAUUCUCCGCCUCAAACUCCGUCUAAUACUAGUAAAAAACAGAGAAUUGAUGAUGAUUAGACUUCGUUUCGAUAGUUUAGGCGUUUUCCCGGGCACAAGAAGAGGAGUUUGAAGCAUGCAGUUUGAAAGACAUGUUGUAAUACAAAGAGAGACUCUUUGGAUUCGUUACGUCAAAUUGGAACGCGGGCCCGCAAUCGUAACGCUCUGCCGCCGCGCUGCAUUCUUGUAUUUCAACCUGGUGCGGGCCCGGUUUCAAACUGCACUGUUUUUGACUUGCAUUUGUUGUGCUCAAACUUUAAGGGGUUAAGGAGUUUAUUUUGAUAAAAUAUGUAAUUAAUUAGGUUGAUUUAUUUUGGUUGUCUGUUAUUGCUUAUUACAAAAAUAUUGAAUAAAGUGUCACAUCACUAUACAAAAAAAAAAUAGAAUGUACAAAGUAUGUGAUUGAUAAAUAUACAAAUCUCUUUUUAUGGGCAACGAAAAGUUUUGGUAUUUUUAAUGAUGUGGGGAAAAUUAAGAAAUUGAUAGCACACAUAGGUAGUUAUAAGAUUUGAUAAUAAUUAGUAGUUUAAUUGGUUCAGGUCCCUUGAAUUUUGUACUUAAAAUACUAGCAGUACCUAAAACUUAAGUUUUAAAAGGAGUAACAUUAUUUUAUUAAGAUUAAAAUAAAAUUGAUGACUGUGAUUUAUUAACAAUUUUAUGUUAUUCUUAGUAUUUUUUUAUAUAUGUAUAUUAUUAAGUGAUAAAGUUAGUUGACAGUGUAAACCUUUUUGAUUUUCUGUUUAAAACCAAUUAAAUGCAUUUUUCUAUAAUGAAAAAUUAACCUCAAAAUCCUAAGUAUAAUUAAAAAAAAAGGGUUUUGGAUGAGAACUUGAGCAUAAAAGGGAGUCUUAAAUAAUAUUAUAAAAGUGUCUAAUAUAUUAAGUUGUAUAAUUUUCUACCAGUAUUUUUCAUUCUACAUAUAGUUAUGUAA